UGAUGGGGAAGCGUAUGCUACUGGGCGCACUGUGUCUGCUGCUGUGCGCCGCUGCGGCGCUCGGCCAGGACCUGUACGAGCUGCUGGGCGUGUCGUCGUCCGCUACGCCCUCCCAGAUGAAGCGCGCCUACCGCAAGCUGUCGCUUAAGUACCACCCGGACAAGCAGACGGAGGAGACCCGCGAGGCCAUGAAGGAGGAGUUUGUCAAGAUCUCCAACGCAUACCGCGUGCUGUCGGACCCGGAGCGUCGUGAGAAGUACGACGUGUAUGGCAUCGCGGACGAGCAGGGCUUCGCCAACUUCGACGAGGCAGCUCGUUUCGCGAGCGACGGCGUGGAGGACUCGCUGAUGAACUGGGUGGGCCUCAUUGCGGUGCUGGCCGUGGGCGUCAUCCCGAUCGUCGUCAUGCAGCGCAACCGCACCAAGCCGCUGAAAAAGAGACGCCCUACGAAGCCUAGCAAAAAAUAGACUCACCAAGGCGGGAGACAAGUCGUUCACCAAGACCUUUACCAAGACGCGCAAGCAAUACGUCGACAACCCGCUGCGCGCGCACCAAGAAUAGACGCCGUAGCUGUAGAUUCCCACAAGGCAUUUCG